AUGAAAAAAACAUUACGUAAUAGUCUCAUAAAACUGGUCACACCAUUCAUACUACUGGUCGUCCUAUGUUUCCAGUAUACAGAUGCUGGCGAUGGCUACCUGUCCACAGCAUUGCUAAAAUUGUUACCAAUUUUAUGGCUAAUAUUAUGUCUAAAAGUUAAUAAUAUUAAUAUUAUCAACAAUAGUAAACAUUACUAUAACUAUUACUAUACAAAACGUAUCGGUUGGGCACUUGUAGCCUCACUAGCAGGUGAUUUAUGUCUAGUAUGGCCCGAAAACUACUGGUGCCUAACCAGUGGUAUACUAUGUUUUUCUGUUGGACACCUGUACUACAUAUGGGCACUCGGGUUCGAGCCUAUGGGACUCCAAAUUUUUUUGUCAUAUUUUCUACCCCUAAUAGUUGCCAAUGCAAUUGUACUGUCAUUUAGUUUAAAAGGACCAUUAUUAAUACUGGUGCUCGUCUAUACACUGCUAAUAAUGACAAUGUUAUGGCGAUCACUGGUCCUAUACCAACACAAUCGACUGCACCGACACCGACACCAAUCCAAUCAUCUGAUGGCCAGUUGUGUACUAACUGGUGCCCUAUUGUUUACCCUAUCCGAUGCCUGCCUGAGCCUUGAACUAUUUCAAGCACCCGAUCUACUCACACCCCGUAACUAUCGGCUAAUUGUAUUGACUACCUACUAUCUGGCUCAGUUAUUGUUUACCGUAUCGACACUAUUAGUUAGCCAAAGUGGUAAUGGUGGUGGUGGUGGUAGUGGUAGUGGUGGACUAGUAGUAUCUACCUAUCCCAAUCGGGUUAUACCCAGAUUAUUUAAUAAAAAUAAAAAUAAAAAAUAUUAG